AUGGCCACUGCCUUCGGUGUCUUCACCGGUAUUCUUAGUACCAUUAGCUUCCUUCAGAGCAACAUUCCAUCCAACGAUGGUAGCUCGAGCAAGGUCCGCGUCUUCGUCGGCCUCGACGGAACUCAAGGACUCACCAAUGCUGGAGGAGAUGCACCAGACAUCCGUCAAUUCAACAACAACCCCGAGUUUCUCGGAGCCAACUACGACCCAGGUUACAUCGGUAGCGGUACUUACAAGGAUAUCAGAAUCUCGCAGAAUAGACAGCAACCAGUCUACACUCUUCUGACUGCCAACAACGAUGCCAUCUGUAUUGCAUACAUGACUACUUACGCAUUUGCCGGGAACUGGGGCCACACCUGUGGUCAAGACUGGUACUACUCUGGAGUUUACCAGGACAACAAGGAACUAGAAUGCGUUUGGAUCGAUGGCAACGGUGAGACCCAUCCUCCUCAUAGCUUGUCCCCACUAACACGAACAGGCGACCGACCGGUCACGGCCUUCCACGUCAAGUGGCCCGAGUUCAACGAGAAUGGCUAUGCCACGACAGACAACAACAACAUCCAGAGCAAGUACUGUGACUCUCCCAACGCCUUGAACUUCCAGUAUGGCAACGACCCUGGCACCAUUUACUACAAGAGAGAUGCUGCUAGUUCAACUCGAUCCUAUCCUCCUCCUAUCGGACAACUCCAUCACAAAGCUCCCGUCGCCAGACGUUCCAUCCUUGACAACCGUCUGGUCAAGACCAGCAGACUCAGUCAAAGUGCUCGCACGCUCUGCGAAAGCGAGACCUCCUCGGGUCCGGAUUUUGUCAAUCUGGCCGAGGGUUUGUACUGUAACAUGCGANAGAAAGAGCUCAUGCCGACUUGUACCGGAAUACUCGGCGAGACCUGUUUCGAUGUCGAGAGACUGGCCAUGAAGGUUGAUGGCAUCAUCGGUGGCUUGCUCGACUUUGUUAAGAUCAUCGACUGGGGCAAUGGAACUGAUCUGGCCGAUACUGCUGACAAAGCUUUCGAUAUUGAUUUGCUCUAG